AAUACCGUUGCAAGCUCCUCCUCGAAAGAAGAGCAGACCUAUGUCGACAAUGAUGAACCAAAAAUUGGGAAACGAUCCGAUGGAACUGUCCGGCGGGCAGAGCGCGACCUCCACCAUAACGAGCGUAAACAGCAUCAGCAGUUUGCUCAAGGAGAAACUUCAGUUGUCCAUUCCACAAGCUCUGCGCAGCAGCAAGAAGAGGCAGAACGCCGAUUAUCGCCUCCGCGCUUUCGUCGGGAUAUUGUUCCUCUGCGUCGUUUUCCUCGUAGGAUUCGCGCAUAUCUAUUACACUCAACACGUUCUCCAACGAGCCUAUUUCGACAAAUUUAGGUUCAAUAAAAAUCAACGAGUGAUGCACGUGUACAGCGGGACAGGGGUCGAGGUGAUAUCGGCGCGACUUGGUGAAGGUAUAUCUGCCGACACGGGCGUUUUCCCUUGCCUCUCCCAUUACCAGAAGGAGGACUCAGUUUGCCUGGAGUGGCUUCAGCAGGCACGCCUGUACCUGGCUCACACGAAACACCCGGACAUGCACUGUUACCACGUCACCUGGCAGAGCCUGAGCUCCCACUACAACCCCAAAGAUUGCUUCGAUUGGUCACCGAAAAGGGGCCACUGGUACGGUGGUGGCCAAGUGCAAAAUAUGCCUUACCCGUUGGAGCGCGGCCGCCUCGAUCUCAGCCCGUUCAUCACCGGGGAUAUAACCAAACAUCCGUUCGGGAACGUGCUCAAGAGAUACUUCUUGAAUUCGAAGGGGGCCACGAUACUGGUCGACCCGAGCACGCCCCUCUACGUGUCCAUCAGAGCGAACAGGAGCAAUUACUUCUGUCUCGAGGCCAAGCACGACGCUUUCGCGUACAUCAAUUACCUCACGCCGUAUCCUCAAUUGAAUUACACUAUAUGCGCCACGGACAACAUGAAGAAUUUGCACUCGUCCAUGGCGGAGAAGUCUCUGUGGGAUGGCCUCAAGCCGGACGAGCUAACCGCCGUUCAUUCGCUGUUGACCGAACCGGUCUGGCAAAUUUCGCCUACCAGCGAGGCAGCUGUAUACAAUUACACGGAGGACGUGAUCGCUUUGCCUUUUCUGCGGCAAGGCCACGUUUUGCUGAGCGAGGAAUGGCAGCCGAGCGCGGGCGAUUUCGUCCUGGACGAGGAACGAUUCCCCUCGAUGGAAGAAACGAUCAAUAUCAUUCAUCGUAGGGGAUUUAGAAUCGUGUUCACUAUACAACCGUUCAUAUCCACUGAGUCCAUCAAUUUCAAGGACGCGGUAUCGAGCAGGCUGUUGAUCUCCGAGAGAGGGAGCGACCCAAGAAUACCCGCUCUCACCAGGUAUAAGCAGAGUAACAGCAUCGGCGUUCUUGACAUUACGAACAACAAAACUCUUCCUUGGCUUCAGUCCAAGCUCGAAAGUUUGAUCACCAAGUAUCACGUGGACUCGUUCUACCUCGAUUUGGGCACGGCUCAAGACAUGCCUCACUACUACAAGUGCGGCCAGCCGUUGAUCAACCCGGACCACUACAAGACGAUAUUCACAAAAUCGAUUUUGGGAUCCGUGCCGGUGAUUGGUGUCUCGGGCGCCAUUUCCAGGCCCCGCGCCCCGGUCUUCGUCUCACUCCCUCCUUUCUCCUCCUCGUGGAAGGCCAUCAAGACCGUUAUACCGACGAUCUUAACCUACGGUAUACUCGGCUACCCGUUCAUCAUGCCGGGCGCGGUUGGCGGGGACGUGGCCCUUCCCAUGUCCGACAACAAUCCCGACAACGACUACGAGGUGAACCUGCCCGACAAAGAAUUGUACAUCAGAUGGUUGCAACUGUCCACGUUUCUGCCGGUAAUACGGUUCACCCAUUUACCGAGCAAGUACUCGGACGACUCUGUGCUCGAGAUAGCGAAGAGGUUGACGAGCCUGAGGCAGAAAACGGUGACGCCUUUGCUCAAGAAAUACGCGAACGAGACACUGGACACUGGCCUGCCGAUUAUUCGACCGUUGUGGAUGCUCGACCCGGCCGAUCCGGCUUGCCUCGUCGUCUUCGAUGAGUUUUCCGUGGGAGAGGAGCUCAUAGUGGCGCCCAUCCUCCACUCGGGCAGCAGGCAGAGGGAGAUUUAUUUGCCCGCCGGUGUUUGGAGGGAUGGGAUCGACGGUAGUCUGAGAAAGGGAUCCAGAUGGAUCCACAAUUACAGGGUCGCGGAGGACAAGGUCGCGUACUUCGUGAAAAUACCGGACAACACGAGAUUUUGAGAAAUUGUUAGAAAUCGUUACGUCGUUGCAUUUUCUUUCUUUCUUUUUUUUUUUCUUUUUCUGUACAUAGAAAAUUUUCUAGAAACAACGAGAAAGGAUCGUAGAUACGGAAAUACGAAGAGUUUUUUUUUUUUAAGAAUGUUUUUUUAGAGGAAAUCGGGACCAGAAAGAU